UGGCAUAAGUGCCUGCUAGGGCAUGUAGUCAGGGCUACCUGCACAUCAUCAAAGGACAGAAGAUGUUGCAGACAAAGUAGAGAAAUGAAACCUGGUGUCCAAGGGCUUCCAGAGGAGGGACCACAGCCCUGGCAGUAGCUCCCAGGAGUGCAGGCAAGCUAGUCCCACUGACGGUGGUAGCAAGAAGAUGUUGCUCCUGGUGGAGAGCAGGAUCUCGAUGGCAUGUGCAACUGGACAGCGGUAAAAGCCCCUGGAGAAGCUCACCUCUGCAUCCUUUUGCUGACCUUCCUGCAGUGUCACUUCCAGUGUAGGACAGCAUCCCACCUCAGCAAUGCUUUUCCAAGCAGCACGGCUAGUGGAGCCCARCGCUGUAAGACUAGAUGGGUCUGGGCCUUGUUUUCAAUUCUGAACCGGCCUCCAGCAUGGUCCUGGGGGAAGCAGAGGGCCGCCCAGAGCCUGGCAGGUCGGUUAGCGAAGACUUGUGGAGCAGAUGCUGGAAGUGGCUCUUCCCAUGACAGGAGGUGCAGGUGGCCACCAUGCCCAUCACCCAGGAGAACGCGGGGCUCUUCCUCCCGCUCUUGUGCCAGUGGCUGCAGAACAGCCUGCGGGAGCAGGUGGAGGGUCCCGAGCAGAGCCUGUGUCGUUCAGCCAUCCAGAAGCUCACAGAGUACAUCCAGCUGAAUUUCUCUGUGGAUGAGAGUAAACUGCAGCAAGGUGGUUCCAGUGCUCUGGACAUGGAGAUCUGCACGGCUUACCUAGCCCAGGAGAUGAGAAAAACUGAGAUUCUUGGUUUGAGUUUUGGAAACAUCCCUUCUUUGGGAGACUAUGGAGAGAAACGGCGGGGAGGAAAGAAGAGGAAGGGCCAUAAAGGUCCGAUGCUUGAUGUUGGAUGUAUCUGGGUGACGGACUUGAAGAAAAAYAGCCCAGCGGGGAAGUGCGGGAGAGUGCGACUGAAAGAUGAGGUCCUUUCUCUGAACGGACAGUUGAUGGUUGGCGUGGACGUCAGCGGGGCAACCUACUUGGCUGAGCAGUGCUGGAAUGGCGGCUUCGUCUACCUGAUCAUGCUGCGCCGCAUCAAGCGCAAGGCCCCUCCGCCGCCCUCCAACGGCAACAACGGCAACGGCUGCGAGCCCAGGGCGAAGCCGGGCCCCGAGCCCAGCGACAGAGCCGCCCAGAAUGGGAAGAGGACAAGGAAGUUCGGCGUCAUCACCAGGGCGCCAGGCGGCAAGGAGAGCAAGGAGAAGCCCCCCUCGGAGCCGGGCAACGGGCACUGCAGCCCCAUGGAGGUGGAGGCUCCGCAGCUGGAGUGGCCCGAGGCGGAGGAGGCGCCGCGCGGCGUCAGGGGGCAGCACCGCUGCCGGCUCUCCGAUGGCGGCGUGUCCGAUGGGAGCGACCACGCGGCCCAGCGAGAAGGCUGCCGGAUAUGGAAGAUGCACAUACUGAAGGGGACGGACGGGCUGGGGAUCCAGAUAACGGGAGGCAGAGGGUCGAAGCGAUCCCCUCACAGCAUCAUCGUCACGCACGUGGAGGAAGGCGGCCCUGCGCACAGGGACGGCAGAUUGACAYCGGGAGACGAGCUCCUCAUGAUCAACGGGCAGUCCCUGGUUGGGCUUUCCCACCAGGAGGCUGUGGCCCUUCUUCGCUCUGCAGCUGGCCUGGUGCAGCUGGUGGUAGCUAGCAAGGAAUCCGCUGAAGGGGAUUUUCUGAAGUACCCAUCCACCAGCUUGCCAGACUUGCUUAGCACUUGCGCGGUCCAAGACACUGUCUCUUGCACUGAUAAUAAAGAAAAUGAAGAGCCAGAAGAAGAAGAUGUGAAGGGAGUGAAUGUGGCUCCUGAAACACUGGUUGCCGUCAUGGAAACAGAAAAGUCUCAAGAUCCAGCUUGUGCAGAAGUGUCCAAGGGAAACAACCAGAGUCCAACUCUGGGAAGUGGCAUAUUGAAAUACAGAAGUCGAUCCCAAGGUGCUGGAUCCCGGUUAGAAUCCGUGGGAGAAGAUGACGAGCUGAUGGUGGAAAACGGUGAACCAAAUUAUGAAAUAGCAGUGAAAUAUUCCCGGGGAGGGAGAAAACACUCUCUGCCCCAGCAGCUGGAGUCGGCAGGAGCCAGGCAGGAAUAUCAUAUUGUGAAGAAGUCUACCCGCUCCUUCAGUGCUGCCCAGGUGGAAUCCCCAUGGAGACUGACCCAGCCAUCCAUUAUUUCUAACAUUGUCCUCAUGAAAGGGCAGGGCAAGGGGCUUGGAUUCAGCAUUGUGGGAGGCCAGGAUUCCGCUCGCGGACGCAUGGGGAUUUUUGUGAAGACUAUAUUUCCCAAUGGAGCAGCUGCUGCUGAUGGAAGGCUUAAAGAAGGGGAUGAAAUACUAGAAGUUAAUGGAGAAUCUUUACAAGGGCUGACCCACCAGGAAGCCAUUCAGAGGUUUAAGCAACUCAAGAAGGGGGUGGUGACCCUCACCGUGCGCACGCGGCUGCGCAGCCCCAGUCUCACGCCCUGCGUGACUCCCACCCUGCUGAGCCGCUCCAGCUCGCCCAGCUCCAGCGCCAGCGGAGGGACCCCCGUCCCCGGCUCCGACGACACGGAUGGCUCCUCCUCCAGUCGCAAAGGCCCCGGCCCCAAGGAUCGGAUCGUCAUGGAUGUGACGCUUAAUAAAGAGCCAGGGGUUGGGCUGGGCAUUGGUGCCUGUUGUCUCACGCUGGAAAAUAGUUCUCCAGGGAUAUACAUUCACAGCCUGGCCCCAGGAUCCGUGGCUAAAAUGGAUGGCAGAUUAAGCCGCGGGGAUCAGAUCCUGGAGGCGGACUCGGUGAGCCUGCGCCACGCGGCGCUGAGCGAAGCCUACGCCAUCCUGAGCGAGUGCGGCCCGGGGCCCGUCAGCCUCAUCAUUAGUCGCCAUCCUAACCCGAAGGUUUCUGAGCAGGAGAUGGAUGAAGCAAUAGCACGUACUACUCAUCGAGAGAGCAAGGACACCAGCUGCUCUCACACCACAGGAGCUGCACAGAAGAGCCCCUCGCCUAGUGCCAAAGGCAAGCAAGGAGAGACCUCAUCUGCCCUCAGCUGGACUAUGAAGCGCUUUCUGGAGCCAUCAAGCCGGCAGGGCUCCGUGAGCUCCGAGGCAGAGCUUUCCCAGUACUUCCCGCACGACGGCCCCAGCCAGCUGCCCUUCUCCGAGGCUGUCGCCGGCUCCUGCGACGAGGAGCAGCCCCGCCAGAAGAACAGGAACAGUCUGUUGGAUGACGGCUCCAUCCCUGCCGCUGCUAGAGAAGCAGGAGUGGCAAGAGCAAACGGGCCGGCCUCCCCGAGCAGCGGGAGGGCGCCUGGCGUUCACAGCAAGCACGGGGAGUGCGGCCGGCCCGGCAUCCUCAGCGACAGCCCCAAGUCUGCCCGCAGCCCCUUCCACCGGCAGCGAAGGGUCGUUUUCUACGACGGCGACGUCAGCGACGACGACGAAAGCUCCCACUUGCAACGAAGCCAGAGGGCCAAAAGCCAGGAGGACGCUGGCCUUGUCAUUACAACCUCGUCCGUAGAAAUCGAUGAUGACAGCCAGGAUGGUGAAUCACACAGAUACAGCGGCAGGGAGACCUCUUCCCCCCAGGGCAGUCACUCCGCAGGGGCCGCUGACGGCGCAGUGGAGCCAGUCGACUCUCCUUUCUUCCCCAUCAUAGCGUUCGACUACUCGAGUGUGCCCGAAGUUCGUCUCGGCAGCCUGAGUUUGCGGGAGCUCCGGGAAGCGCAGCUCGAGUCUAAGCGAUCCCCAAAACUGGAGCACCGGGCGGUCACGAGAGUGAAGAGCAUGAUGAGCACGGAGUGCCGCAGCCUGCAGAGGCACAGGGCGGAGGAGCACGGCUCCUACAGCAAACCCGUAGCGAGGACGCUGCCUCACAGCAAGAAGACCGAGGCGCCCGACAGCGCGGGGCAGGGCCAGGGGGAAACAGUCACUCUGGUUCGCAAUGAGCACGAGUCUUUCGGCCUGGAUCUGGAAAUCCAGGCCAUGCCCUUGAAGGUGGUCGUCACAGGGCUGCGACCGGGCGGCGCGGCGGAAAGGGGAUCAAUGGGCAAGAUGGUUGUGGGAGAUGAGAUUACCACGAUCAACAGUAUCCCCGUCAAUAAGAUGACUUACGAGGAAAUCUGCUUGCUCAUGCAGUGUCUUCCCACGUCUGUAACCCUGGAGAUCCAAAAACCAGCCCCAGCUGCUAGCAGAUUUUCAAACUUUAUCCUGAUUCCCGGGCUAGAUGGACCAAACCAGCCCGACCUCAGCAACCUCCUUGUGACUGAAGAAAAGAGCUGCGGGAAGCAGGAAGGAACCACUUGGCAGAGCGACGGUCCAGGCUGCGGCGCGGAGAGGCCGACACCGCCACCGCACGCCGGGAGCAACGAGGUGCAGAGCAGCCGCGCCGGGGACAGCGCCGCGGUCCCCGUCACCCACAUCGACGACUUGCUGGGCCACAUGAGCACCCCGGAGGGCAGGGGAUCACGGACCCCGUCGCGAGCAGAAAGUCCCCUCCGGGAGGAGUACACCACGCUGUGCUGCUGCGGCACGGAGGAAGGCUGUCCCGGCAAUGAGCCACGGCCAGCGAAGCAGGAGCAGCUGGAAAAAAAUAUGAACUGUGCACCUAAUGCACAGGGGGUUUUGGAGUUGUCUGCGUUAGAUUCCAUUAACCCCGGCAGGCUUUUUACUGUGAAUAAAAACUCUUUAACUAACUAUUCUAGGAAUUUCAGCAGUCGGACUGAGGAUGAGUUGCCUGCAGCGAACGCUCCGGAAGGUAACAGAUGUGACCCCUUUCCAAAGUCUAUGUACGGGGCCGCAGAGGAUUCUCACUCAGAUGCAGAGUCUGUCACGGAAACCUUGGAUACUGCUGGUGACGUGUUGCUCCUGCCCUGUGCUGCUGCCCAUGGCUCUGUGGGUUGUGCUGUAACAGAGUCGGAUGAGGAGCAAAUUGAGAUUUGUUGCGCGAAUAAUGAGCUGCACAAGCCUGCUCGGGAGCAGCAGCUCCCAUCCGCGACAAACUUAUCCCCUCUGUGCCCCACAGAGCCUCACAACAGCGACAUUUUGAGGACCGAGGACUACACGAUGCGCGGGUCGCUGGAGAUGGGCAUAAACAAACUAGACCUGAAAGGUCGGAGUGGUCCCACUCCAUGUUCCUCACAGUGUUUAGGUGUCUCCUCUGCAUCCCUCUGUUCUCCUUCCUCAGUUUACCUGCCAGAUAAAGACACUCUAGAAAAUUCAGGAGGUAACCCUGAAGUUUACUCUUUCCAUAACAAUUGUGCCUUAAGUGCAGAAGAACAGAUGGGCUCGGGGAGCAGUGACGGACAUAGGAAAUGCUGUGAAUCCGUUGAAGAGGAAGGGUCUUCACACUGCAAAAAUAGAAACUCUUGCUCUGCUGGAAGUGUCRGUGGCCUGGAGAGCAACUCGUUGGAGAAGGAAGGAUGUUCUGAUGAGCAGAGAUCCAAAUUUGAAAGUGAAACGGUGGUUGAGGACUGCAAUCACACCAUUAGUUAUUGCUUAGCAAAGAAAGAAAAUAACAGUUCGUCCGGCUCAUGUAAAACRGACAAUGGCAAUAAUGGCAUCACGUCAUCACAAAGAGCAAUAUCACUCAGGUCUCCCUUUCCCACUAGGUCUAAAGACCCAAAGGCGAAUGUAAACCAUGAUUUGCCAGGGAAAAAUGAGAAAAUUAAUUCUGUGGCUUCAGGGAGGAGCUCAAAUGCAAAAGUCCAACACUCAGGCACAAAUCACUGCAAAGGAGCUGCAGUACCGCACAGCCCAUCCUCACAGAAGAAAUCCUGUCAGGACUCUAAGGCACAAACASCACAAAAAACUAUCAUGGAAACGCUUUUAAAUAACCAGAAGGCCAAAGGAGGACCGAAGCUGAAGGGGUUCACUAUCAAAAGCAAAACAAAGACAAAUUCAGACUCUUCUGGGAUGAAUCCUACCAAAGUCAAUGGGACCGAUCAGAAAAGACCUUCUGUUUCUCCGCAGUUGUCCCCCAAGCUCCUCGGUAAGAAAGCACCGUCGGUCCGUAACUUACCUGCAAACACAGAUCCUGGCAAGAGUGUUUCGGCAGUCUCAAGGACUCUGAGGCCAGAGCUGGAAAAUAAGCCAUCUUUGGUCAUUUCUGAAGAGUCACUGCUGCCCCUCUUGAAUGGCACAAGCAGCCCAGUAGAGAGCAGCRAAAUUAAAUGUGGUGGCUGUGGGGAGCUAGCGGAUCAGCAGCAGGCAUGGGGAAUGCAGAAAGAAAAGCAGGCUUCCACGCAGCCCCAGGUGGGUCAGGAUAAGGGCCCUAAGACGGAUGAUUUCAGGUCCAGGGACAAUCAGCCCAAAGCUGCUUCAUCCCCCAAGGGGAUUCCAAAAGUUGAAUAUGUCAAAGGGAGAAAUGAGAACCCCGGAACAGGCCUAAACUCCACCAGGAGCGUCAGUAAUGAYGACCUUAAGCAAUUAGAUCUGCAGAACUUAGGGACAUCUGCAAGAAGCUCCUUUUCAUUGAGGUCUCCCCCAGUUCAGCAGGAGCAGCUGGAAGGACAGGAGAUUCAACGCACUUUCAUCGAGGUGAGGCUGUCCUCUUCCUCCUCGUCUUCCUCGUCUUCCUCCUCUGCUUCUUCCUCACCAGCUCCAUUUCUGCAGCUGCCAUUGAUGGAGAAAACAGAAGAGGCAAACACAGAAGUGCCUCAAUUGACUGAGGWGAUGAAGGCCACGCAAUAUUUUUCUAAAGUGGAUGUCAUGGGAGACAGAAGUMUCUAUGGCUUGUCGAAACCUGUGACAAGGACUUACUCGAUGCCAGCCCAGUUAUCAGGUCACUUGAGAGAGGGUUGCCACGCGGCAGACAUUUCAGCUCACACUGUGCAAGGCCCUCAGACCCACGGUGCAGAUGAGAAAUCCCCCCAUUCGGAGAUGGAAAUGUUAAAGAUGGCCCAUCUCAAUCUUCUGAAUGGGAAGGAGCAGGGGUAUCCUGCCAAAAAUGCCCAAAAGGUGCCUGGGGACUCCCCCUUAGCUGGUGACAUUAGCUAUCCUGCCACUGAUAAGCUAAGAAAUUUCAGGAGAAAUUACUACUAUUAUGAACUGAAUUGGCCACAUGAACCUACCUCAUCCUUCUCAGUGAAGCAGCGGAUCAAAUCCUUUGAAAAUCUGGCAAGUUUUGAUAGGCCUGUUGUGAAAGCUAUAGAUAUUCACUCAGCGUCUAAGACCCCCCUUGGCAGAAGAUGGUGCAGCGGGAUGGGCGCUGCAGGUGCAGCCAGCCCCACCGAGGCCUCACGGGCCCUGCGACGCAGCUUGAGCUCCUACGGCAGCAGCCUGAGCCAGGAGGCCUCUCCCGCGGCGCCGUCGCCGCCGAUGGCAUCAUCCRCGAGCGCAGACCUGGCGCCCACAGMGAGGAAUCCCCGCGAGGGCGGCAGCGGGGAAGGGAAAUGGGGCAAGGAAAGGGCUUUGGGAGAGGCGCCCGCCACGGCGCCGCAGGGCCGGCGCAGCCGCGGUCACGGGCGGCAGCCGCUGUCGCGCUCCAAGCUGCGGGAGCUGCGAGCCCUCAGCAUGCCCGAGCUGGACAAGCUGUGCAGCGACGGCUUCGCCGCCGACCCGCAGGCCGCCUAUUUCAAAACAGAGCUGGAAAUCACGCCCAGGAGGGCGCUCGGGAUGCCCGCCGAGAGCGACGCCAGCCCGAGCGCGGCCUCUGCCCUCUCCAGCCUCACGGGYGCCACCAGAGCGAGCUCGAAGGGGAGUAGCCCUUGGAACAGCAGCUCAGGAACGCCGGGCUCGGCGUCGGAGGAUGACGCCACGUGUGACAGCUCUCCGGAUGCAAAGUGCUCGGAAGAGAGCUGGUCAGUCAGCUUGGAUCAGCUGCUAGUCUCAAGCCUGGACCAGCAAAAGUUACAGUCUGUUUUGUCAUCGCUAAUACCAAAAUGUGACGUURCCACGAUGCUUCAAGAAGUCAAAGCACAAGUAAAGAGCAAAGAAGACGCCUACUUUGUAGUCCUGCACAAGGAAGAGGGAGCUGGCCUGGGAUUUAGCGUUGCUGGAGGAAUAGAUCUGGAACAGAAAUCAGUCACAGUCCACAGGGUGUUUUCAAAGGGAGUGGCAUCCCAGGAAGGGACUAUCCAUCGAGGAGACCUCGUUCUGUCCAUCAACGGCAAGUCCCUGGCGAGCUCCGUCCACGGGGACGUGCUGAACGCGCUGCAUCAGGCCAGGCURCACAAACACGCCGUCGUCGUCCUGCAGAAGGGGAAGGACAAAGCAAACAACUUCUCCAGACCCGAGACAGCGGCUACCGGCAGAAAAUGCGUGGGGUCUGGAAAGGAUGUUGCCGUGGAAAUAGGAACAGAUCCAAACCUAGAUAUGAAUGAUGUCAUUUGUGUUGAAUUAUUGAAAACCUCUGCUGGCUUGGGAUUCAGUCUUGAUGGUGGAAAAGCUUCGAUUGCUGGAGACAGGCCCUUGCUUGUAAAAAGAAUAUUUAAAGGUGGUGCUGCAGAGCAAGCUGGAAAAAUAGAAACUGGAGAUGAAAUUCUYGCCGUCAGUGGAAAAUCGUUACUUGGCCUCAUGCAUUACGAUGCCUGGAACAUUAUUAAAUCUGUACCGGAGGGUCCUGUCCAGUUGCUGAUCAGAAAACCCAGAACUUCAGUAUGAUGCAAUUGCUGCAUCUGAUUGCUCCUGCUAAGACAAAACAUUUUAAACCAUCUUGAAGCUGUCUUUUCAUUUCUAACACCACACAGAAGUGUCUUACUGCCCUCCCGAGGAGUGUGAUCAGCCCCGUGGAGCCCUGAGCACACGUGCAAUGGGCCUCGUCCCAUCUCCCCAAGRUACCAAGCACCUUGGAAGCCAAACGCUGCGGAGAUUUUUGUGCUGUCUGACCGUUUUGCUGGAACUUCAAGACAUUUCCCUGGGCUUGGCUUAAAGUAUUUUGACCAAGAUAAAUAACGCUGUGCCUGUCCCUGAUAUUUUUAGUAUCCGCAGAGGGUUGUGAGCGUAACUUGGUUGCCCUCCUGUUGCCAAGGAUGGGUAUUUAGACUGUUGUAUUUCACUUAGCUAUAGCUAAGCUUACUAAUUUGACUUCAGGGCACUUGUUUAGGGUCUGCUCUUUAUUUCUUAUAAUAAGAGAAUGUCUGGAACAAUCUCRCUUUAUUCUUCUAAGUGCAGUUUUGCUAAAAAUGUGUGACAAAAGAGAAGUAUAAUUUUGCACAACUUUUUAAGCCUAAAACAGGAGUGUUUUAUCACAAAGCUGAAAAAUCCCCUUAAAAUUGAUGAACUAACUCAGCAUCCAUCACAACUGAAUCUGUUCUUAGUAGCAAUUUGUAUCCRGAGGUUACUUGGCAUUAACGCAGUGGAAAUCUGUGUGCAAGAAAAUCAUGUUCCAAUAUCAGGUGAUUGUCCAUCAAUAAUGGGUACAUUGAGCAGUUGUGAUUAAAAUGGGAGCAAUGAAAGAUUGGGGUCUGAAUGUUAAGAUUUGGGCUUCUAACUUCAGGCACCUUUAAAAUCUGUGUAUUUUUAGAAUUAGGAUAACUGCAAGUGCUGAGCACUUGGCAAUUGCACAGGUUUCAGCGAUUGCUAAUCAUGUCCAGAAGCUGGGCCAGUUUUCUUUGAGUAAACCACGGGGAGUGGUUUGCAGCUGGCUGACUUCAAAAACACAAGCUGGAAAACAGUGGUCCGAGGGUGCAGGUUUUACCUUCCUUUCCUGCCCCCUGUGUAUUUUUGGUUUUAGCACCCACACAUGGAUGGCUAAGCAGCGUCCAGGAGCUGCAGGAGGCAGCAGCCCCCCAGCCAGAUGAGCCGAGGACAACUUGGCGCCUGAGCCCUCGGCUGCCGCUCAGGCUCCUCCGGGAGCCGCUGCAGACCUGUGGCUCCAUCAGCGUCUGCAGGGAGCCAGGAGGCCGAGCAGCCACCACAGAGAGGCCUGUGCUGGUGGCAGGAUCCUCCUCACAGAGGAAGACACCGUUCUGAGGAGCAGGCCGGGAGCAGGCGAGCGGGAAAAUGCCGUGCCACAUUUGCUGGUGGAUCCAGAGGUUUCCAUCUUUCUCGGGGACGUGCUGGGAAACAGAGCUGAGCUGUGCUUGUCGCUUGGGGAACGGGACGAAGGCGUUUGGCGAUGACAAACUGCGAGGCCUCGGUCAGGAACGCCCCAACUCUGAUUGUAGCCGACAGCGUGUAUAAUAGAUACAUAAAAUGCAUGUGGAGUUCGGUGCAGCRUAGUGACUACGUACCUGUAUGUGUAGAAUACGUACAAGUGCAGUACUGACUUUUUACUGCUUCCGUAGGGUAGCUCACAGUUGUGUUUUAGGAAAUGCCAUUUCUUUCCUUUCCACGGUUUAAAAUUCCUCAAGUCCCGACCCAGGGAGCACGUUGCUCCCUCACUCCCAAGCCAGCGUGAACUCCAAGGUGAAAUGUUCAUUUUGUAAAUUAAACUUCAUUUGAGGUGUCUUCAAAUGAAACAUGGUGACUCUUUUCAGACACUUAUUUGCGGGUACUGUUCAUUGUGAGUGAUUUAGAGAGSUUUUAUUUUUCAGUAAUCGAAUCCUGUUCGGUAUUUUCUUUUACAUGCACGUAGAUGUGUGUUGGAUCAGUAACAGCAAAGAGAGGGGGGGAAUUUUUGUGCGUGGUUCAGUAGUGACUAUAAUUUAAAAGAUAGAUUUAAUGUUUGAAGACUAGUAGUUGUUAUGGAUAGAAUGACACACUUCACUAGCUUUGCAGCAAGAAAAGGAUUUCUUUAGCCCUGAUUGUUUCUGUCCCUGAAAACAGCUAUUUUUUUGUGAAGGAACAGGAAACAUCUCAGUGAUGCUACCAGUGUUGAAACCAUUGAAGUAGCAUUUCUCAAUGCCUCUGUUGAGGUGACAAUCCCUAUAAAAACCCCAGAAUUUGUAGGAGAUGGUUCUGGUUUAUUAAGAACGAGUUGGAAAGAUAAACCGAGGUAGGGAAGCUGCUGUUCCAUAUUUGGCAAAGUAAAUGUUACUUUUCUGAGCGCCCGGUAGUGCUAAAAUGGCAGAGGGAGUUUCAUUAAUUCAUCAGUAUUUGGUAGGUUUGUGAGGAUUUUUAGCCUUGCUCGUGGCACGUCGGUCCCUGGGGCGAUUUUGUCUGCGCAGGAGAGUUGGCCAAGCCCAAGGAAGGUGCUGGUGACUCAGAGCUACCUCUAGGAAGGCAAGAAGUGAUGUUGUAAUUACGCGCUCCAUCCCAGACGGGACCUGCGGGCUUUCCACAUGAGGCUGAAUUUCCUCCUAGAGGGAGUGAGUCUGGCAGGGCUGCUGCCUCCGGAGCCCGGAGCAGCUCUGGGGAAUGCGCAUCCUGGCAGGAGAGCGGGCUCGAGUGCAAUACUGGGCAAUAGCCUGUCCUGCAGCAUUUUGCACCUGGAAGCAAUAUAAGUUGGGGAGGGAGCCAUAUCAGAGGAUUUUCUUGCUAAAAAAAGACUCCUUUGAGGGCAACUACGUAUUAAGAAACUGUUGAGUGACUCGUGUUUCCUAGUAACUCUCACUUAAAAAUAACCCUGAUUAAUAUUCUGCAGUUGUUCUAGUCAAAGGCAGAAGAAGCCAUUCCCAGAGAGGAAUGUUUACAUGC